CUGCUGUUCAAUGACAUGCAAAGAAGAAAUGGAAUAUUUCCUGCCGUAUCAGUAAACGACGGGUGUCACAGUCAUCAGCAAUUGCAGCCACCGCCGAUGUCAUGGAGACCGACGAAGGGACCAGAGCAGAUUCCUCCCCUUCACCUGAACUCUACAAGGAUCUGGAGCCUUAGUUAUCAGCAGAGGCGACUUGUGCCCACCCACCUCUUGGAGGAGUCCAGACAAAUCUGGACAAUUCAGUGUGGCUCUGAACCCGGACCGUCUCCAGAGUGGAUGGUCCGACACACCCUGACCCCAGGGGACCUGAGGGACCUCCGAGUGGAGCCUAUUAAAAGCAGUGUUGACCUGGAGGACUCUUCAAUUUUGAUGAACAUAAGCUGGAUACUCCGGGCAGAUGCCAGCAUCCGCUUGUUGAAGGCCACCAAGAUCUGCGUGAUGGGCAAAAGCCACUUCGAGUCCUACAGCUGCAUCAGGUGCAAUUACACCCAGGCCUUCCAGACUCAGACCAGACCCUCUGGUGGCAAAUGGAUGUUUUCCUACAUUGGUUUUCCUGUCGAGCUGAACACAGUCUAUUUCAUUGGGGCCCAUAACAUCCCCAAUGCAAAUAUGAAUGAGGACGGCCCCUCCAUGGCUGUGAACUUCACCUCCCCAGGGUGCCUGGACCCCAUAAUGAAAUAUAAAAAAAAGUGCAUCGAGGCAGGAAGUCUGUGGAAGCCAAACAUCACUGCUUGCAAAAAGAGCGAGAACACAGUGGAAGUGAAUUUUACCACCAGUCCCCUUGGAGACAGAUAUAUGGCGCUCAUCCAAAAUACCACCGUGAUUGGGACUUCCUAUGUGUCAGAGAAGGAACUAACUCGAACUUCCAUGGUGGUUCACGUGACUGGGGAAAGUGAAGGUGCUGUGGUCCAGCUGACUCCGUAUUUCCGUACCUGUGGCAACGACUGCAUUCGACAAAGAGGAACUGUGGGUCGCUGCCCACAAACAGGAGUCUCUUCUCCUCAGGAUCAUGACAGAAGUGUUCUGGGUGGCUGGCUGCCUCUUCUCCUGUCCGCUCUGCUUGUGGCCACAUGGGUGCUGGUGGCUGGCAUCUAUCUGAUCUGGAGGCACGAACGGAUCAAGAAGACUUCCUUCUCAACUCCCACGCUACUGCCCUCUAUUAAGGUUCUUGUGGUUUACCCUUCUGAAAUAUGCUUCCAUCACACAGUUUGUUACGUCACUGAAUUUCUUCAAAACCGCUGCAGAAGUGAAGUUAUCCUUGAAAAGUGGCAGAAAAAGAAAAUAGCUGAGAUGGGUCCCGUGCAAUGGCUUACCACUCAGAAGCAAGCAGCGGAUAAGGUCAUUUUCCUUCUUUCCAAUGAUAACACCAUGUGUGAUGGUACCUGUGACAAGAACGAGGGCAGCCCCUGUGCGAACUCCCAAGACCUGUUCCACCUCGCCUUUAACCUCUUCUGCAGUGACCUGAGAAGCCAGGCUCAUCUGCGCAAAUACGUGGUGGUCUCCUUCAGAGAGGGCGACAUCAAAGACGACUACAGCGCGCUCAGGGCCUGCCCCGCGUACCGCCUCACGCAGGACGCUGCAGACCUCUGCGCGGAGCUCCUCCACGCCAAGCGGCGUGUGUCGGUGGGGAGAAGGCCGCGCGCCUGUCACUGCAGCUGCCUCUCCCUGUAGCCCAGCCACAAAACAGACCUUAAAGCCUUCUGACCCCUCCAAUCACAGGGGAAAAAGUGUCUGUGAGAAUCUGAAGCUUACCAUAUAGGCUACUUGCAGGGAGGAUUAGAGCUGCACCUUGAACAACCCAAGGGUGCUGACCCCUCUGCCGCUGAAAAUCCAGGGAGAAGCUCACAGUCCAUCAUCCGUACCCGGGGUUCAGCCAUCUGCAGGUGUGUCGUACAUCAUUUACUGAAAAAACUGCGCAAAUAAAUGUAUCUGCCCAGUUCAAACUUGUAUUGUUCAAGAGUCAACCAUAUGUAUAUCUGCUUGAGCAAAAGGAAUAGGGAGGAUUUACAAUGGAAUAUGUAACACCUUAAUCUAGUAAUUAAAUGUUAUACCAAUAAAACUGUUAUAAAUAUUA